AUGUCAGGGUUUUUUGUCUCGAGAGUAGAAAGUCACUUUUCAAAAAAUCCUAUUAAAUUUAAACCCCGUUCAAACUCAUCUCAGGAAACUAAUAUCGCCACAACUUCAAAUUUGAUAAACAAGUUCAAGCCAAAGAAAGCAUCUCAGGAGACGGAUAAUGAUUUGCCUAAUUCUAUACCUGAAAUGAUUCAAGCUGCUGUUCCUGAGUUCAACUCCAAAUAUUCUUUUUUUGUGAAUCCAUUGCUUUCAUCGGGUCAUACACAAACAGCAUAUACCGCCUUAAACAAAUUUGAAAAUCAACAUAAAGUUCAUUACAAAAGAGAAAUCAUAACUGUUGAAAAUAAGACCUACACUUUGCCCAAUGGAGAUCAGUUGUAUUAUGAUCAAUGGAAAGGCGAAAGUACCAUUGCUUUAGAUUAUGCCGUGGAUCCGGCACUUGGUCCAGAUUUAAACCAUGAAAAAUACAAGCCAGAAUCCCAAACAAGGCCACUUCCACCCCGUACAGAAUACAAAAACCCCAAUGAAGAUUUGAUCGGUGAUGACGAGAAGCCUCUAUUGAUCAUUUUGCAUGGGUUGUCAGGAGGGUCCUAUGAAGCGUACUUGCGAGCAGUUGUUGAUAAAAUCAUCGAUCCAUCCUUUGGAUUCGAUGCCGUCGUUAUUAAUUCUCGUGGAUGUGCCAACCACACAAUUACAUCACCUCAAUUGUAUAAUGGGUUGUGGACAAAUGAUGUGAGGUAUGUGAUCAAUGAGAUCGUCUCAAAAAGGUGGCCCCGGAAAAGAGUUUUCUUGAUGGGGUUUUCAUUGGGAGCCGCAAUACUUGCAAAUUAUUUAGGACAAGAAGGAGCCUACGCAAGUCCUCAGAUUAAAGGGUCGGUGGCAAUUGGAUGUCCCUGGGACUUUGUGGAUGGAAGUUUCCAGUUGCGUGAGUCUGUUAUUGGUCAUUACAUUUAUUCUCCCACGAUGGCAAACAACUUGUUGAAAUUGUUAAACAAUCAUCACAUUUUAUUGGCUAAUGAUUUGGUCAAGGAAUAUAAAGAAGACCCCACUCGAAAUGAAAUUAAAUUCUUAAAGCAAUUCGAUAACAAGUUUACUGCAAAAAUGUUUGGUUUGAAUUCCGCCGAUGAAUACUACAGAAAGGCAAGUCCUAUUCAAAGAUUACUAAAGGUGAGAGUGCCCAUGGUCAUUUUAAGUUCUUUGGACGACCCAGUUGUCGGGUCUAGAUCUUUACCCUUUUCAGAAGUGGAUUUGAAUCCAUAUGUCAGUUUAAUUACAACUAGUGUUGGUGGCCACUUGGGUUGGUUUGCUAUCAAUGGUGAUAGAUGGUACGUCGAGCCUGUUUGCAAAUUAUUGACAGUUUUAAACCAAUACGACGUUGACAAAGAAAGUAUAGUUGAGCUACCAGUUGAUAUUUCUGAAACAAGUUGGAAGUAUGAUAGAUUAGUCAAUGGUAUGUUGGUUGACGAGUAG